AUGGCCCAGUGCAUCCGAAGUCGCGAGCGAGGCCCAUUCGAAGGCUGGUGUAUACGACGCUACUCAGCGGCACGGAGAAGAAGCCGCCGAGCGGAAACCUGGGAUUAUGGGAAGCGGUCAAGCCGAUUGGGAUGGAGGCUCGUUCACUUUGCGAAUCUACCCAUUGAGCUCCUCAUGUCAACUUCCUUCACCAACAUCACAGAGAUUGCGCUCAGAGCCAUCCCUUCUACUUCCAAAAUGGAGAUCAAGCGUGUCCUUGAAUCCCUCUAUAGCUCUGAGGUUGACAAAGUACGGACUUUGAACAUACAGGGUAAAAAGAAGAAGCGCGAUGGUUUGUUAAUCACGGUGGCUAACAAACAGUCCAAGUCAAGCGUCUUUGAGGAUGGCGAAACCAAGAGGCACUGGCUUGAUCAGGAGGGUGGGAACUUUAAGCUCGAGAAGGCUUCCAACGAUCGAAGGCCUAAUCAUGCUGAGGGUGUUGCCUAA